AUGCCAAGUGCAUGCCACACCUGUCGCCGGCGUCGGGUAAAAUGUGACUUUCGAACCCCAAAGUGUGGCCGGUGCGAGAAAUCCGGGGUGGAAUGUCUUGGCUAUGGCAAACUGAUCACCUGGGUGCAAGGUGUUGCGAGUAGAGGGAAGAUGAUGGGGAAGUCUUACAAGCCUUCAUCUACACCCCCCGUGUCCCAGAGCACGGAAAUGCGUAUCCAUGUGCAAAGAGCCCUGAUGGAUCCCUUCCUACAGGACCUCAGCUCCGAGGCUCGCCAUCACUUGAAUCAUUUCUACUCCCGUGUCUGGGAGGAUCUGGUCAUCUAUCACCUGCCUAUGCAAACUUGGAAUCCGUGCAGCGAACUCUACUGGCGCUCCCAGACCUGUCCCGCCAUGUUCCAUGUCAUUAUGGCCAUGGCUGCCUAUCAUCGGUAUAACCUCAUUACAUCCAAGGAGCGUGCGCAGAGCAUCCUGGUCGAUGCACUCCAGUGGAAACAGGGUGCCCUGGUCCGAUUUCAGACAAUGCUCAGCCGAGUCCAAUCAACAGCGUGUGUGCAGGUGCUGGUGUGCUCGAUGUUGCUGGCCAAUUUCGAUCUUCUCGAGUCUGGCAGGGAUACAUGGCAGCUGCAUCUGGAUUCAGCAUGGGUCAUAUCUAGUAUUCUCAUCCAGAGUAUCUUUGGCUCGACCUUCUCCCCAAGCGUAGGACAUCACCAUCUGUCUACACUCAACGAUCCUACCGUGAGGGUGCUUGACUCCCUGGUUUUCGCCGAGGGUAACCAUUUCCUCUCUUGUCCGGCCGAGCUAGCAAGCUGUAUUGUCCUAGCAUUUCAGACACAAGAAGACUCCCAAACCCCGAGCAGAGACGCCUGCCAAGAGCUAUACGAGUCCGUUCAACAGUUUGACCCAGCCGCAUGGGCCACCGCUAUGCAGUGUUGGACUCCAGUCAAUGACUACCCCGAGCGAUUGCAUAUCGGAUCCGCGUACAAGACGGCCGUGGUUCUCUACCUCUCACGGAUGCUGCCUAAUUUCUCCCCCGGCGGUUGUACACCCGAGCGGCAGACUGGACUAGUGCAGGGCGUUAUCGGCCAUAUCUCGCAAGUUCCGGCCUCCAGCGCAUUAUUCAAGUCUACUAUCUGGUCGUCUUUUGUCGCCGGGGCGGAGGCCACCGAUCCUCAUCACCGAGAGUGGGUUGCCGCCCAUCUCGACGCCAUCUCGGCGCAGAUUCCCUGGAAUACGACAGUCACGGCGACGGAAGCGCUACGAGAGGUCUGGAGGCGGGUUGACCUGCCACUGGCCGAGCCACGGUCAGCUCCAAGGAACUGGAUCCAGGAAUUCCGGCGCUUGAAGGUGGCUGUCUUUCCAGCAUGA